AUGUUGGGGUGGGUGACUCGCUGUCUGCCUGGCUUCAGCCUAAUCAGCCUAGCUCUGCUGCUGCUCUGCGCUUUUACCGACAUUUUGGAGUCUCCGAUGCUGAAGGGGUUCUUGCCAACACCUUCCAUAACUCCUCCUACACAAAAUGGCCCAUGGAGUGGGCUGGGGUUGGCCCAAAAGGCCUUCAUCAUCUACACUGUCUUGCUCCAUGUCCAUACCUUUGGAUUCACUAUUCGUCUCGCCUGGUCAAUCUCCAGAACCCUUCAAAGCACGAAGGAGGUCUUCCAGAGACGCCUUGCAACUUCUCCUUUCCCCUCCCCGAAGCCUACACGGCCGGAAUAUCAGCUAUAUUCUGACGCGCCUCCAUCCCCAGUGUCCUUGCCGGACGCGACAAUCUCGUCUUUUGACAAAAAGGACUUUAUUACUGUCCAUGAAUUGACUGAGAAAGAGCUUAUCCAUGCAAUCAUUCUACCCAAUUACUGCGAAGACCUUCACACUCUGGAAACAACCCUGAAGGUGCUGGCAAGUCACCCGCGAGCCAAAUCGCAGUAUGAGAUUUAUCUCGCCAUGGAGCAGAAAGAGGCUAUCGCCGCCGACAAAGCUGGUCAUCUCGUAUCCACUUUCGAACACUGCUUCCUUGAUAUCCACACAACUUUCCAUCCUGCUGGCAUAAAGGGCGAGAUCGCCGGGAAGAGUUCAAAUGUAGCUUGCGCUGCCCGGCGGAUCAUGGAGGUUCAUCGCACAGAGCUGAAGAUGGAUUGCUGCGAUGUUAUGGUCACGGUAAUGGACGCGGACACGCACCUCUCCCGUGAUUAUUUCACUGAGAUCCUUCGCCUCCAUUACUUACAUGAGGAUGAAGCAGACCGCUCCAUUUACUGCUGUCCUAUUCUAUUUGACCGCAACUCCCAUGAAGUACCGGCCCUAGUGCGCUGUGCCGAUCUGAUGUGGGGCUUCGCUGGACUGUCAACGAUGUACCCGGGGACAUGGAUUUCGAUUCCUACUUCAGUAUACUCCUUGCCUCUUUCUUUGGCCGAGAAAGUGGGUGGAUGGGACAGUGAUCCCACUGCUAUCGGCGAAGACAUGCAUAUGCUGCUGAAAUGCUACUUCGAAACCGCGGGGAAUAUUAUUUCCCGCGUGGUUCAUUCCCCUGCUAGUCAGUGCAACGUUUCCAGUGAUAGCCGACACGGUUGGCGACGUACGGUCGAUACCUGCGCCGCGCGAUAUCGCCAGGCGUUGCGACACAUGUGGGGAGCUUUGGAUACCGGCUUUGCAGCGCGACGCACGCUGGGAUAUCUUCGCUUCCAUCAUCGAUGUUCGUUCCUGCAUCCCCGCCACUUCGCUCUGCUCUCUCUCCUCUGGGAGGCGCAUUUCCUCCCCGCUCACCUUACCAUCGUCAUGAUUUUUUCCGUGAUAUACAAAUUUCUUACUCCGGCGACUCAAAUACAUCCGACUUUAGCAUGGGCAUUCACUGUGACUGAGAUCUUGCGAGCUCUUUCUUUCAUCGGGAUGAAUGGUUGUCUGUUUUUAUACGAGUGGUGGCAUAAACUGCAUCUUGAUUCUCGCAUGGAGGACAUGAACGAAGCCAACAUUGGCGAUACUGGAUGUGCCCGUCGUCUCUGGUAUCGACCGCAAUUCCUCAUCGACCGUAUCUGCUUCCCCAUUGCGGGUACGGUAUUCGGUGCUGUGCCCACCCUUCAUGCCGUUCUCUCUCAUUUCUGGACUGAUAGGCUCGUCUACCGCGUGAGUAAGAAACCGACAUUUUCGCUCGAGGCAGUAGGGUUGGCCUGA